AUGUUUAAAUCAAGCCUUCUCCCGCGCUCCCUCCCUUCCCGCCUCCUCUCCUCCCCUGCGCAACCACAUCCUCUCUCCAGAUUCACCAUCACCACCUUUGGAGUUCAACUUCAAUUUCAACAUCAACUACAUCACCACCAGACCUCCAGCUUCUCCCACAUCGCCCACAGACGCGCACCAUCCUCGCCAUCGUCUACUCCUCCCUCUCACAGGCCCGACCGCAAGAUGGCUGAACGCGACAUUGAAAAGUAUCUCAAGCAAACGCACGACCGCGUCUUUGAGAACAACCGCAAAUGGGCCGAGGAGAAGAAGAAGCAGGACCCCAACUUCUUCGUCAGCCUGUCCCAAGGCCAGGCUCCCGAGUACCUCUGGAUCGGAUGCAGCGACUCGCGCAUCCCCGCCGAGCAGAUCACCGGCCUCGAGCCCGGUGAAGCCUUUAUCCACCGCAACAUCGCCAACAUGGUCAAUAACAUUGAUCUCAACGUUAUGAGCGUCAUUAACUAUGCCGUCCGCCACCUGCAGGUCAAGCACAUUGUCGUCUGCGGCCAUUACGGCUGCGGAGGUGUCAAGGCCGCCAUGACGCCCAAGGAUCUCGGCUUGCUCAACCCCUGGCUUCGUAACAUUCGCGAUGUCUACCGCCUGCACGAGGCCGAACUCGAUGCCAUCAAGGAGGAGGACGCCCGCUACGACCGCCUGGUCGAGCUCAACGUUCUCGAGCAGUGCCGCAACGUCAUCAAGACGGCCGCCAUCCAGCAGUCGUACGCCAAGAACAAGUUCCCCAUUGUCCACGGCUGGGUCUUUGGCUUCAACGACGGUCUCCUCAAGGACCUGGAGAUUGAUCACGAGAAGAUGCUCCACGACGUCCAGAAGCUCUACCACCUCCCUGGUGCAGACUUCUAA